AUGGAUUCCAAGUUUGCACUGAUCUGUUUUCUUCUCUCUUCAAUUCUCUUUGUUACCAGUCAAGCUGUUCAACCAUAUGAACAAACGAGCCAACCGGAACAGUCAGGAAUCAACAUGGGGAAGGUAUCCAGCGUACUUUCCGACAAAGGGUAUCAGGCCAUGGCACUAACCCUAGGCACCAUUCUUGAGGCUGUGAUAUUUCCAACCCUAAACUUAAAUCACAGCACCAGUCUUACCCUCUUUUGCCCUAAAGACCAAGCUUUCUUUAACUCCAAGUAUGGACAGCCUCCGUUGACACUAUUUAAGUAUCAUGUUGUGCCGUUCAAGAUGGACAAAGAUUCAGUAGAGGCGUCUUUCGAUCAUGGUUCCAAAGUCGACACUCUCCUGCUCGAUCGUCCUCUCGUUCUUACAUCCCUGCCCACCGGCACUGGCGGAUACGCUUCUCUCAACCUAGUCAAAGUCACGGAGUGGGAUGUGUACAAUGACGGACGACUGAUUGUUAUUGAGAUUGAGAACUUCUUUGAUCCGGCUUUCCAAACCCUAAGGUAUCCGCAAUAUGACGUGAUGAACGUGAAAGACGGAACUUCUCAAGGAUUUCUGGGGCUGAAAGGUGCAUUAGGGAUUAUUAGUCGGUUUCUCUUUCUGCAGAAUUAG